CUAAUCGAAAACAUUUUCUAAAUACACUUGAUUUACUUUUGGAAAAUGCUAGAGUCACAAACAUAUAGUUCACAAACUUCACAAACUUGCUUUUUGUGAAUUUUAAAAUAAAAUAUCUUUUAUUAUUUGAGUACAUCUUAUUUCUAGAAAAGUGUUAAAAAGAUAAUUAUCACAUUAUAAUUAUAGCACAAUUAUUAGUAACAACGUAAGAAUGGGAUCUCAUGAAAAGCAUAACUGUGUCUGGACAAUAUUGCCCCUCUGGCUCUGUGCGGUGUCCUUCCUCUUCUUGGCGGCCAACAAUGGCGGCCCCGCCACCGUCGGAGCUUCGCAUGAUGUUUAUAAUAUGAUGAAUGUGCAGUCGUCGUCUCGGGCGACCCCACAUUCUAUCAACCACAUUCAUCGCACCGGCUACCAUUUUCAACCCUCCAGGAAUUGGAUCAAUGGUACGUAUAGCCCAAUGUAUUACAAAGGAUUGUACCAUCUGUUCUACCAGUACAACCCAAACGGCUCAUUAUGGGGCAACAUAGUUUGGGCCCAUUCGGUGUCCAAAGACCUCAUCAAUUGGAAGCCACUUAAGCCCGCAAUCUACCCGUCCAAGCCCUUUGACAAAUUCGGGACAUGGUCCGGAUCCGCUACGAUCCGGCCCGGAAACCGGCCCGCAAUCAUGUACACCGGCAUCGUCGACGACAAACAAUCCCAAGUCCAAAACCUGGCGUACCCGGCUGACUACAACGACCCGUAUCUCCAGGAAUGGGUCAAGCCCGACCACAUCAACCCGAUCGCGGUGCCCGAUUCGACCAUCAACCAGACCGCCUUCCGCGACCCGACGACCGCCUGGCUCGGCCGCGACGGCCGGUGGAGGAUGUUGGUCGGCGGCAAGAGAGGCGGCCAGAGGAGAGGGAUCGCGUUCCUGUACCGGAGCAGAGAUUUCUUGAAAUGGGUCAAGGCGAAACACCCGCUCCACUCCUCCGACGGAACCGGGAUGUGGGAGUGCCCCGAUUUCUUCCCGGUUCGGGUCCAGGGGACGGCGGGUCUGGACACGUCAGCCACCGGCGGGGAGAACGGCGCCGCCGCCGUGAAACAUGUCCUGAAGGUCAGCCUUGACGAGACGAGAUACGAGUAUUAUACGGUGGGAGAGUACGACGAGGGAAAGGACAGAUAUACCCCUGAUAACUCUUCCGUUGACGGAUGGAAUGGAUUGAGGUUUGACUAUGGAAAUUUCUAUGCUUCAAAGACUUUCUUUGACCCGAGCAAGAACCGGAGGAUUCUAUGGGGUUGGUCCAAUGAAUCUGAUUCAUACCCGGAGGAUCUUGUCAAUAAGGGCUGGGCUGGAAUUCAGGCGAUUCCACGUACAAUUUGGCUCGAUCCUCUUGGAAAGCAAGUGGUACAAUGGCCUAUCAAAGAAGUGGAAGCCAUUAGGCAUAACAAAGUUGAAUUAAAAAAUCACAAGCUCAAAAUGGGAGAAAAGAUUGAAAUUAAGGGAAUCACUCCUGCACAGGCUGAUGUUGAGGUGACGUUCACAUUCCAUAGCCUUGAUAAGAUGGAGUCGUUUGAUCCGAAUUGGGAUAUCUACGAUGCUCAAAACCUCUGCGGCAUCAGGGGAUCAACCGUUCAAGGUGGUGUGGGCCCAUUCGGUCUCGCGACUUUAGCUUCAAAAAACAUGGAAGAGUUCACGCCCGUUUCGUUCAGAGUGUUUAGGACUCAAGACGACACACACAAAGUCCUCAUGUGCUCUGAUGCAACAACUUCAACCUUAAACAACACAAACAUGUACACGCCGUCAUUUGCUGGAUUCGUGAACGUAGACUUAACGAAGAACAAGAAGAUUUCACUUAGGAGCCUGAUCGAUCAUUCGGUGGUGGAAAGCUUUGGGGCGGGAGGGAAAACGUGCAUAACAUCAAGGGUUUACCCGACGUUGGCGAUCAAUGACGGUGCACAUUUGUUCGCGUUCAAUAACGGGACGGAGCUAGUGACUAUAGAGACAUUGACGGCAUGGAGCAUGGUUAAUCCUAAAAUAAAUUAAGUGUGGAGAUGUAUACUAAUAUAGGAAGUAAAUAGGAAUAAGUUGG